AUGCGUCAGUUGAUUACAGAAUGUUUUGCUGAACAAUCAUGGUUUAGCUGUGAAGAAAAAGUGCUUGACAAAGUGAUUCCAUCGAACUCUGCUUAUUAAAUUUAGUAACUGUGUUCUUAAAAAUGUACCGUUUUGUUAAUAAAAAAUUGUGUUUUUAAAAAAGAAGGACUAUAAUGAAAAUAAGAAAGUGUCAUUGAACUAUUAAAUCAAACAGAGGAAUCUAUUCCAAAUCGACAAAGAGAAAGGCCAGUACCUUUUUCGGCUCUGUAAGGAAUAGACGGUAAACUCAGCCCUAUUUCACUCAUAUAACUGAGUACAAAAACAAUGGAGUCUCCACGAACGGAAACAACGAUGUCCGCAAAAAGUGAGCCUGCAACACCAAUAAAAAUUACAACAAAACCAGAAAGUGAGCCUGUAAUACCAGUAGCAGUGACAACAACAACACCUGAGUUGAAAGAUAAUGUCGACGUCAUGAACCGUAACACAAUGGACCCAGAUCGCGAUGAUGGCUUUUCGGAUAUUGAUGAACGCCCUUUGAAUAAGUCUGAAAAUACCCAAAAUUGUCCCAAAUAUCUUUUGACCACUAUGAUACCCACUUGUCUGGCUGAUUGUAAAAAAGCGUAUGAAGAGAAUGGCAAUGUUAUGACGAAAACGGAGCGUCGAAAACUUACUGGUGCCAUAAUUAAGUACUUUCGACUUAAUAAAAUACUUUUUAAACCGGAAAUAGCUACUGAUCUGGCCAAACAGAUAAAGCGGCAUUUUCCUACAGAAAAAAAGCGCGACUGGUAUAAGCAUAAGGACAGCACAAGUCGUGGCUUCUUACAUAGAAGGUACUACAAUUACCUUCGUCGUAAACAAAUUAAAAUAUUUAAUUUACCGAUACCACACCGCCCGUGGUUGCAGGAUGAAAAAGCGUUAGAUCCAAACGAGUUCGCAAAAUGCGAUGAUGAACACGAUGGUCCAAAACCAGACGACCAAUGUAUGGACGACAAAAAAUCGUUAGAUUCGCAAGGGUUUAUAAAAUGCGAUGGCGGACCCGGUUGUCCAUAUCCAGACGCCCACGGUGAGGAUGGCAAAGUGCCGUUAGAUCCAGAAGGGUGCGAUGAUGGACACGAUAGUCCAAAACCAGACGACCAAUGUAUGGACGACAAAAAAUCGUUAGAUUCGCAUGGGUUUAUAAAAUGCGAUGGCGGACCCGGUUGUCCAUAUCCAGACGCCCACGGUGAGGAUGGCAAAGUACCGUUCGAUCCAGAUUGGAUUACAAAAUGCGAUGAUGAACACAAUGCUCCAAAACCAGACGGCCAAGGUGAGGAGGACAAAGAAUCGUUGGAGCACGGAGGAUACUUUCAAUUUGCCGAUGGUCGUAAUCGUCCAAAAAAAGAAGAUCGCUUAGAACGCUUUGAUAAUGGCAUGCGACGCGUACAGCUUUGGCUGGAAGAUGUCGUCAAAUGUGGAAAUGACAUAAACGCGAUCGACAUGUGGAAGGACAAAUGGAUGUUUCGGAGAGAACAGCUCGAACAACUAAAACCAGGCGACACGAAGCAACUCGAAGCUUACCUCGCCGAAUGGGCAGAUUUCAAGGGCACCAAUAGCCGACAAUUGCUGAACUACGACUUCGAACAAAUGUACCCCGGCAAAAUAGAAUACUAUAACAAGCAUUUGUAUUAUUUCAAUGCACAUAUCUUCACAUAUAUGGCGGUACAUUUAAAAGAUGGAAAAUUUCUGAAGUUCUUUGAACAGUACAGAAGUGAAAUGGUAGCCUUUAAUAAGGAUCAAACUUUCACAUACCUUCACAUGAUGCACGACAUCAUGCACCCGCAAAGCUGUUAUAACACGACAGAGAACUCGCGACCUUACAGCACCGCCGAAUCAGAGCGCGCAAGCAUGCGUAUUGUGGAGAAGGAAAGUGAGGUGGACAGCUAUAACGAGUGGCAUCCAUGCAUAUUUGUCUUGUUGGGGGAAACGCCGGGAAGCAAUCGGUACAUUGUGGCUUGGCGCGAUAUGCGUUACGAAUUGCCGCUAGGUGAAGCCUUACUCGCCGCCAUACAGCUGUACUUGCUCUUCAAGUUGAAGUAUCCACCGGCGUGUGCGAGUUUCUGGCAAUUCGUACGUUAUUACUUUAUGCAUAUCGAAUUACCGCACGAUAUCUUUUACGUUAGGUUAGAGAGUCUAAAGGUCUAUAUGGAAUUAUUAAGUCCAUUUCCUUUACUACCUCUGCCGUCGCCGCCGCCGCCGCUGCCUCCAAUGCCGUUCCUCCUUGGAGAAACAUUCGACGAAGCUUCGAGCAAUAAUUUGAAAAAGUUUUGACGAAUGAACGUCAACUCACAAGCAAUAAUAAUUUUUUUAAACUUCAAUACAUUCGACUGAAAUUUUUUCAACAUAAAAUGUCUCAAAAUAAACGCAACACCACGGACUCCAGCAACGCUACGAAUUCGCAAACGGCCGCCACUUUAAAGUCACAUGUUUCGUUCGAUACUUACCCCGAGGAGAAGCUCGACAAACUCAUGGGUAAGUGCUGGACGGACUGUUUAAUUAAAGGUGGCGCCGGUUUCGGCAUCGGAUUUCUCGUUACACUUUUGUUUAUACGACGCAUGUGGCCACCGAUCUUGGGCAGCAGCUUCGGCUUGGGCGUGUCAUACAAGGAAUGCGAGCGAAAUCUUCAAUCGCAAACAAAGUGCGAGGCUGCUGAUAAAGUAAAUGAAAAUAAACUAGCUUAGUAUUUGUAUUUGUAUUCGUAUAAUUGAAAAUGUUAGUAAAGCAUACAUAACCUUAAAAUAUAUGUAUGU